AUGGUAGAAGAAUGGCAUGGCGCAGGCUCGAUAUCAUCUUGUUUACAUCAAUGGUCAACAUUUGGGAAACAACUCGGUCCAAUGCAUUACUCAGGAUUACAAGUACUUUACUUCAAUGUUCAAGGUGUUAAAACAAGAUGGAAUGAAGUUACAGCUCUCACCCUCAAGUACCAAUUUGAUAUCAUGAUUCUAGGUGAAGUGGGAUCAGUCGAUUUCGCGGUAUUGGAGGCGACAUUUAUCUCGUUCCAGUCAUGUUACCAAGCGGGUGAAAAUAGCCACGAUGGUGUGUUAAUACUCAUCAGAAAUGGUCUAUCGUUCUCGCGAAUCAAAUGUACAACUCCGAAUGUUAUCGCGAUUGAUAUUCAUCUCGAAAACGAUCUACGUAUUGUUGGUUUAUAUGCUCCAGCCAGUAAGACUUGGGACUGGGAGGAUCUUACACCUCAAAUUACACCGAGAUCAGUCAUUUUCGGAGACUUCAACGUCGACUUUGACCAAGAUAAGAAUAAAGCCGGUGACCUCCUCAAGUGGGCAGAUCAAGUUGGUCUGGCUCCCUAUGUUACCGAUGCCUGUACAUCCCGUCGUUCAAAGCGCAAAAUCGACUACGCUUUUUCAUCAGGUAUACAAGUGACAGUGGACACAUACGAAGGUUCAACAAGAAGUGACCACAAACCAGUGAUUGGCUUCAUAUCCUGUGAAUACAACGAAACAGAAUAUGUUUCAAAAACGUCAUGGAAGGCUUUCGAUAUGUUUCUAUCUUACGCAUAUGGACUAUGGGAACUCUACUGGUCCACGAACGAUAUGAAUGAUACUUAUGAUGCGUUUAUUCAAUGGUUAGUUGCGGUGAAGGCGCGAUGUUCGAAGUCUAUACUGAAGAAAAAAGCCAGAUUAUCAAUCCCGAAGGAUAUUCAAGAACUGCUGAUGCAAGGCCGAGAUCUGGCAUGUAAAGCAAGUCGAAAAGGAUGCAUUUAUCUCCGAGAAGAGGCUCGACGUCUUCGAAGUCUCGCACGAUCCAAACUUAAAACUUUCCGUCAAGAUCAACUCACAAAACAUCUUGAUAAUCGCCAUAAACCAGGGAAUGGUUCGUUACUCUACUGGAACCAUGUGAAGAAACAUUUUCGUGUAGGUUCGGCACGUCUUCGGGGCUUUACUAGAUCGGAUGGUGAAGUGACUAAAGAUUCGGAGGUGAUGGUUGAAGCAGCAGCCGACUUUUAUGAAAAACUAUUCGGUGAACCAGCAGUUAUGAGACCCCAUCCAUAUGUGGAUACGGAAAUCCCUGUGUUCACUAACCAGCAUGAACCAAUACCACCUGUCACUUAUCCAGAAAUACUCAAAUCGUUAUCGGGAAGACUGAAGAAAAGGUCGAUAGAUGCGCAUGGUAUCUCGCCUAUAUUAAUUGGUCACAUUCCAAAUACGUAUUGGCACCUGAUGUCAAAAUUAUACAAUUAUUCAUUCGCCACGUGUUUCAUGCCAUCUCGCUUUAAAGAUGUGAGAAUAAUUCUGUUGGCCAAGAAAGACGCAAUAUGCACUCCUGAUCUUACUCGUCCGAUUGCUCUCCUAGACUCAUUUCUUAAAGUCCAAGAAAGGCUGUUCCUAAACAGGUUUAGAUCAGUGUUAAAAGAUCUUGGAAUUUUACCUGACUCUCAAUCGGGCUUUCGUCCUGGUCAUCGCCUACAAACAAGGGUGCUACUGCUGAUCGAACAGAUAUCGUCAUACAUGUCCAAUAGUUCACCGGUAGCAACGGUGUUUGUUGAUUUCAAGAGUGCCUUCGACCAGAUUUGGUUCGAGGGUUGCAUUGGCAAACUUCGUAGAAUGGGGAUCCCUCUCGCAUAUGUCAACUGGAUCCAAGCGUGGUUACUUGGGAGACGCUGUACGAUCGAAAUCAACGGAAAACGCUCCAGAUGGUUCUCGGUCAUGCGUGGUGGCCCUCAAGGCUCUUGCUUCACUCCGACUUUAUUCAUCACGUACCAUGCCGAUAUGGGCGAUUUUCUGCCCUCAACUCUCUCGUUCUUCUUUGCAGAUGACCUAGCGGCGGUGUUAGCAGGACAAAUGGGUGUCAGGUACACAGACCAAUGUAUGGAUCUGGAGCGUCGACUGUCCAUCUUAUUCGAAUACCUCGAGUACUACUCAAUUCUUUCUGUCCAACCAAUCAACUACUCGAAAACUCAAGCUAUGUGGUCGGCGCGUGCUGUUGCAUAUCCCGACCCAAUGCCAAGAUUAGGAUGUGGUGGACAAGAGAUAUUGUGGGUCAAUUCAUACAAAUACUUGGGGUAUCUGAUUACAACAAAAUUAGGAUGGGGAAAAAUAAUUAAUCGUACAUUCAUGAAGAUUCGCCAACAAGCGGCAAUAAUCAACUCGAUUAAGUUUAAUGGUGCAACGUCAAGAGGACUGCGCCGAUCUCUUUUCUCAACGUUUAUUAUUCCGUUCUUCACAUGGGUGUACGCACUUCAUCCUCUUUUCACCGAUCAUCAACGUUCAAGAAUCAAUCGUUUCUAUUAUACUGUCCUGAAACGAACACUAAGAUGCUUGCAAUGGAACAACCAUCUAUUCGCAUAUGCAUUCGAUGAACGAUCAUUCGACGAUAACUGCUAUGCUUAUUGGAUGAAGUACCUGAAAGUCCUGAGCCACUCUUUAGACGGGUUUCUUCUGAUUGAACAAAUGUAUCUGAACGAACACAGACUGGCCUGGAGGGAUGGUAAUCGCCCUAUUCGAUGUCUAAGACGAUCUGUCCGUUUUGUCCAACACAUUGAUGUAUUCAGUCGUGCGAUGGAAUGGAUUUCAAACCAUGGCACAGCGGACUCGAUUGCUAUAUUCGACAACGAAGAUAUUAUAUGCCUAGCCGAAUUUCCCGAAUCCUUUUAG